GGACUCCCACUGCAGUGCUGAGGAGUCAGCCAUCUCUUAUGAUCCCAAAAGCCAGGGAGCAGCAUGGACAGAUCUUGGGCUGAUCGGGGGCCAAGGCUGCUCACCGUGCAAGGGAGGUGGCUCCCUGUGGCAUCCUGUGGCUUCUUCCUGCUCUCCAUAAUCAUGACUGGAUGUUUCCUGUGGCAGUACCAGAUCCCCAAGUUGGAGCCCAGCCUCUCUGGGAAGGGGGCAACGCCAGCCACAGUGAGGAUGUGUCCCCGGUAUCCGGAGCCCGUCCCCCUGGACCACCCACUUCCCAUCCUGAGGAAAGCACUGGAGAAGGUGGAUGAGGUUCUGUGCCAGGCCAGCGAGGCCGGACCGUCGCCCGGCCACACAGCCAUAUCCGCCAUCGUCACCUACAACGAUACGGUGCUCUGGACCGGGAACUUUGGGAAGAAGAACAGCUCGGACCCCUCUUCUGGACCCCCCAAUGAGUACACGGUGUACAGGAUCGCCAGCGUCUCCAAGCUCUUCCCCACGCUCAUGCUGUACCGGCUGUGGGAGGAAGGGAAGGUGCGCUCCCUGGACGACCCCCUGGAGCUCUAUGCCCAGAGCUUCUCCAUCAAGAACCCCCUGGGGGACUCACGAGACCCUGGACCCAGAGUCAGUGCUGACGGGCUGGGGUUCCGGCCCCUCCAGCCCUCACCCGUCACUCUCCGCAGAAUGGCCAGCCAACUCUCUGGGCUUCCCCGGAGGCUGCGCUCAACCACCCUACUGUGGCAGGGGACCACCCAAGACGCCCUGGCUCUCCUGAGGGACGAUGUUCUGGUGGCGGACCCAGGGACCAGCUGCCACUACAGCAACGUGGCCUUCUCCCUGCUGGCCCACGUGCUGGCCGACCACGCCGCCGAUGGCGACUUCCAGCGCUGGGUGUCCGAGCAUGUGCUGGGACCCUUGGGCAUGGAGGACACCGGCUUCGACCUCACUGCGCCGAUCCGGGCCCGGAUGGCCGCCGGCUUCUACGCCGGCGGGAGCCCAGCCCCGCUCUACGACCUGGGCUGGUACCGGCCCUCGGGCCAGAUGUUCUCCACGGCCGCAGACCUGGCCAAGCUGGCCAUGGCGUUUCUGGGAUCGUCUCCCCGGCGUCGGCUCUUGGCACCGGAUACCGUGAAGACCAUGCUGACCCCGCUGCUGGAGUGCUCCGGGGGCUACUUCGCCCAGCAGACGGGCACGCCCUGGGAGGUCAACGAACAGCGGGGCUACCGUGUGGUCCGGAAGGACGGCGACUUGGAUGGCUACGCGGCCACCUUCUCCCUUGUGCCCCGCCUGCGGCUGGGGCUGGUGGUGCUCCAAGCGGGGCCCCGGACCCCAGGGGAGGACCCGGUGACCCGGGCCUUCGACGCCCUCAUCCCUGCCAUGGAGACGGCCUUCCACGAGGCAGGGCGGCACCUGGAGCCGCCCCCCAGCCCCGCCCCCUACGUGGGCUACUACACGUUCUCCAACCUGACCUUCUAUGAGAUCCUGGUGGGCCCCGGGGGCGUGCUGCACCUGCGCCAGUUCGGGCCCCGUUUGGAGCGGCUGGUCCCUGCACCCUACCGCACCCUGAGGCUGCACCACCUGGCAGAGCGGGUCUUCCAGCUGGCCUUCGAUGGCACCUUUCCCUGCUCCCUGCCCCUGGACCCGGCUGCGGGAGCAGUGGGGGCAGCCUCUCUCUCCCUGGAGAGCCAGGAUCGGCAACUUUGCAACUUCUAUCCCUUUGACCACCAGGGCCUCUCGCCUGGCUUCGACGCCCCGGGGCUCAACACCUACCAGGUGCUGCGCCUCUCCCGAAAGCCCAUCUUCCCUGCCUAGCUUGCCACUUGGUCCCCUGCUCUGGCCUCUCCUGCCACCUGACUCCUCACCAGCUCUCAAUGGUGGGGAGGAGUCAGAGCCCAGGGCGUCCCCCUCGACCCCGGAUCUCCAAACAUAUCCUCCCCCCACCAUACCACCCCCACCUCCCUGGUGUAGCCAUCUGGCCUCCACUGAGGGCAGCAGGCAAUGCCAUAUAGGUGCCCUCUUGUUUCCCAUCUGAUGGUGCCAUGGAGGUGCCAGGUCACCAGAAGGAAGGAUGUUAAGGGGGCUAUCUGGAACCCUGCUCCUCAGGAAGGUGGCAGGGAAGGGGCCAGAGUAACUUGGGGGCCAUGGCAGCCCCAGGGAGAGGAAUGACUGACUGUUGGGGGCUGGGACUCAAGGCCAGGAUCUCCACACUUCUUAUUCCUCCUAGGCUAGGGAGGGAAAUGGCAGGGCUUGGAGUAGUGGGGGAUAGGGAGGAAGAGCAGGGCUAUUUUGGGGGAGCAUGGGCAGGUGGCCUGAGGAGUCCUAGCUGCAGGGAAUGGGAUGGCUGUGGGGAAGGUGGGGAUGGGAGGUCUCUGGUCACUCCCCAGGAGCUUGGAGUGGGCUCUGGAUGGACAAUGGGGAUGGAAACUGAGCAAGCUCGAGGCACAGGAGAACCCAGGCUCCUCAGUCCCCGUCACCAAUGAGUGUGCCCUGUCAUUAGUAUGGUAGUGGCUCUGGUGGUCACUGAAAGAAGUUGGUGAGUGGGCAGGUGGGCAGGCCUCCCACAGCCUCUCCAGGUCCCCCACCCUCCGCAGGCAUGAGUAGUUUCUGCUCCUCCCCCUCCACAUCCACCUUUGUAUUCCUUUUUGCCCCUCUGUUAAUAAUAAUAAUGAUGAUGGUAUUUGUUAAGCUCUUACUACGUGCAAAGCACGGUUCU